AUGCUUGUAGCCUUAAAAAACAAUUAUAAAACAUUUUCCGAAAGAAUAAAUGAAAUCGAUGUUGAUAUAUUUCAUUAUGUUUCACAUCGAAACGAGGAAAAUGAUGAAGAAGCCGAAACUUAUUUUUAUCAAACACUUCAAAAAUGGAAUUUUCUUAACCUUACAGAAGGUUAUUGCAGUUUUAAAAAGAAAGUUCGUAAUAUCAUAACUCUUCCUCAAUUGAUUAAUCAAAAGCAGUUCGUAAUAGAUACGUUAAUAGAAUAUUUAGAGAAGAGAGAUAUUUUGUUUUUACAACCAAUUUUAGAAUUAGUAGUGGCUGUAUCAAAAGAUUUGCAAAAAGAUUUUUAUGAAUAUUUUCCUAGAUGUUUAAUUGUUAUUAUUGAUUUAUUACGAACAAAGGAUACAGAACAAAUAGAAUAUACAUUUACAUCACUAGCUUAUUUAUUUAAAUUUUUAUGGAGAUAUCUAAUUCAAAAUAUAAAAACUGUAUUUGAUCUUUUGUUGCCAUUAUUAGCAGAUACACAACCAGCUUAUGUAAAUAGUUUUGCAGCUGAAAGUUUUGCAUUUGUGGUACGCAAAAUUAAAGAUAAAGAUUCUUUCUUAAAAACAAUAUUACAUAUUUUGAAAAAUAAUCCUAAUGCAAUAUCAGGAUGUGGUAAAUUAUUAUUUGAAGUAAUAUCUGGUACACCAGGACAAUUUCAUUCAUGUGCAGAACAAAUGCUUUCAUUAUAUUUCAAUGCAUUAAAUAAUGAAUCUUUUAAUCAAAAUCUAAUGUUUAAAUUAUUAAAAGAAAUUAUUGACUGUUUGCUACAAAAUAUAUAUCCACAGAAAUGUCAUAUAUUUUGGUCUGUAUUUUUAAAUGUUAUGGACAAAUUUAUUGAAAAAACUAGAAAUUUUCAAUUAACAACUGGAAAGCAAAAAAGUUUAAUUCUUUUGAUGCAAUUGUUGAAUACAAUUAUAAAUUAUAAAAAUGGAAAAAUUGUUAUAGAUCCUGUAUCAUUGAUUAAAAAGUUGGUUCAAAUUUUAAAUAUUUUUGAAAAUGAAAAUGAUGUAUUGCAAGAAACUAUAAAUGUAUCAGUUACUAUUCUUUUGGCAACUAAUGUUAAAUUGAUGCAAGAGACAUCCAGUCAAAUAUUAUUUAAAAUUAUGUCUGUGAAAGAUAUCAAAUUAUUAUAUGGUACUGUUGAAAGUUUAAUGCACUAUUCAUCAUUUGAAACUUUAAUAUUGCCUCAUAUAAUACGACAUAGCAUCUCCAUUGGUUUUAAUGAUGACAUUUUAGAACUGUUUACUAAGAUAAUUAAAGUAAAAGCUCCCUUAUGUCUUAAUGGUAUCAAUUUGAAUAAAUGGACAAAAUACAUUUUAGAUAUACGAGGUGCAAAGUUUGAUAGUAUUAAUUUCUGUCAAAAGAAUUUAAAAGCUCUUUUAAAUAAUGAUAUACCAGUAAAUACAUUAAAGACAUUAAUUAUUUUACCACAUUUAAAACCUUUGCCAGAAGAAUUUAAAGAUAUUUUAAAAAAUGGAAUAUUAUCUUUAUAUCAACGGAUAUUAAAUAAUAUCAAUAUAGAAAUUGAAAUAAGUAAAUUAUGUUUGACAUUAUUAAUAGCUUUGGAAUCAGCAAUUCAUAUAUUGGAAUUAGAAAUUUUACAAAAUUUUAUGGAAAUGAAUGAUAUAAAAAUAUUAGACUUAAUUACAAAAUAUCCUGAUAAUAAGUUCAUCUUAAAUGCAGUAGAUUUAUAUAUAACAUAUUUUAGUACAUCACAAUAUCGAGAUAUUUAUAUAAAUAGAAUUAUAUUUGAUAAGUUAAAUAAUAAUAUUGCACAGAAAUUAAGUUCACCUUUUAGUGAAAUCCGUUUAAUAGUAACACAUUUAUAUUUUUUAUUUUCUAAUAUCAAUGAAGUUGAAUCUAUUUUGAAUGAAAAGAAUAAAAGAAAUCCUAUGGAACAUAUGUAUUUAGCAGAAUGUGAAUCUAUAUCUGUACAGACUUAUAGAAGUAAAUUGCUACAUUUACAAACAUUGUCAUAUGAAAGUGAUGUAAUGACAAAUUUUGAUUUGAAAUAUUAUGAAAUUCCUCUUCGAUAUUUAUUGGGAAAUCUAUAUAUAAAUUUUUCUUUAUUGUGGGAACCUGUGAGCAAGAUUAUAGCUACUUAUGCAAAUAAAGACUGUGAUCAAUUUUGGCCUUUAUUCUUAACAGAAUUAAAAUGUGAUGAGAAAUUAAUUACAGAUUAUAAACCAUUGUUUGAAUGUAAUAUUAUUUCUGAAAUACAAAAUGCAAUACAAAAAAGCAACGAUAAACCAGAUUAUAAAAAUCAUAAAAUUCUUUUAUGGAAAUGUAUGAUAAAUUUUUCUCAUUUUUGUGAGAUAAAAAACAGAGACAUAACAGGUUUAUUUAUUGAUUUUGUAAAUGAUAAUUUUUUUAAGUCUAAUUCUGAAGAUGCCAGAUAUUGUAAUAUUUUGAAAAUACAAGACUUAACUAUUUCUAAUAGCAAUAUGAAAAUUGACAAAGAAAAUGAAAGUGAUAAUGAAUUUGAAGAAUAUAAAGAAAAUGAAAUAGAAGAGAAAGAACAAAAAGAAGUUACAAUUUAUAAAAAUACAGAAUUAAGACAAAUAAAUGCAGAAAAUAAAGAAAUAGUAAAUAAGAAUUAUAAAGUAAAGCUUUUAAUUGCUCAACUUGAAGUAUUUGAAAAAAUAACAAAUCCAAGAACAUUAUACAGGGAAUCAGAAAUGCAGAAACUUUAUUUAGAUUUACUGUCUUCAAAAAAUUCUGAUAUCCAAAGAGCUGCUUUAAAAUGUCUUCUUACCUACAAAUACAAAUAUUUAUUACCUUAUAAAGAUAAUUUGCUUAGUUUAAUUAAUGAAAAAAAUAUGAAAAAUGAAUUAAUACGUUUUAAAAUUGAUAAUGAAAGUAAUAUGAUAUUGGAUGAACAUCGCGAUGAAUUUAUACCUAUAUUAAUGAGGAUAAUUUAUGCGAAAAUGAUUACAAAAACAGGAAUGAGAACUGGUAGUAAAGCUGGAAGUAUUCUAAAACGAAAAAUGAUUUUACGUUUUCUAGCUGGAAUUCAAGAAAAUGAAAUGAUCAUAUUUAUAAAUAUGGCAUUUAAACCUUUUAAAAAAUAUACAUUGCUAGAAUUAAAUAAAAUGGAUAAUCAACAAAUUAAUUUAAGACAACUUACACAGAAUAUUAUUAAUACUAUUGAUUUGAAUAAUGUUACACCACCUAAGCGAUUACAAAGUGCUACAAAUUUGCUUGCAAUUUUAAUAGAACAAUCUGGUAGUAAAAUGGGACAAAAAUUAUUACCUUAUUUACUUGGUUUAUUAAUAUGCAUUCUGGCAGAAAUAACUGGAAUUUUACAAAAUUCAGAUAAAGUUCAUGUUGGUUACUUAAGAUUAAUUAGAAAUGUCAGAUCAACUUGUAUCUCAAUAUUAGCAAGGUUUUUUAGUCAUUUUGAAAAUUAUGAAUGGAAUGAAUAUGAAAUAGAUGCCUUAUAUAAUGUAGCCAUAUUUCCAUGGUUGGAAAAGUUACCUAUGGAUGGUAUUCAUAGUCCUACUCCAUUAUUACGAUUGUUUAUGAUAUGGAGUCAAAACUCUCGUUAUUAUCCGUUAUUUAUAAAACAUCGCGAAGAUAAUAAAUCUAUUAGUCCUCUUCCAUAUAUAAUGCAACUUUUAUUAAAUCCAAAAACAAAUGCAUCUGUAACUAAUGCUAUUCUCGAAAUGAUUGAAAAAAUGGUAACAUUACAAGAUUAUGGAAAAACGAAUGAAAAUAACAUGGAAGUUGAUACACCUUUUCUUCCUUUAAUUCCUAUAAUUAAUAAUUUACUUGAAAUAAAUAAAGAAGCAUUAUCUAAUGAUGUCAAUUAUGGAUCUAUUAUACUUCUUCCUCAUGUAUUUGAUAUUUUACAAUAUAUUAAAAAUAAACUUGAAAAAUCGACUAAAAGAAUAAGCAAAUCAGAACUUGUAAUUUUAUCACGUAUUUCAGAAUUUGUGAAAGAUGCAGAUGCAUGUAACAUACUUCUUAUUCUUACUUUACCAAUAUUAACUAAAAAAGCUGGAACUGGUGAAGAAGAAGAAAUUAUUAUUGAAUUAAUUACAACUAUAAUAAAUCUCGUAAAACAAGUGAAAAAAUCAACAACACAUAUACGAGCAAUGUUACCUUUAUUAAGUACAAUAUCGACAAUUUCUACUCGUAAACUUCUAUUAGAACUUUAUAAAACAAUUGUUGAAAAUUCUACUGAAGAUGAUCGUGAGACAUUAAUAAAAAAUUAUAAUUUAAUAAAUGCGCUUAAUGCAUGGGAUCAUAGAUGGAUUGAUCAACCAGAUUAUCAAAAAAGAUUAGAUGCAUUUUCUGAAAUUAAUAAUACAAUGGAAAGGAAUGAAAUUACAUUAGAAUUUGGUGUAGCUAUUAUUCAUAAUUGUUACUAUUUUCUUAAAAAUGAAUCAGAUUUAGCAUUGAGAGACAAUGCAGGACAAUGUCUUAAACUUCUUGGUUGUAAAUUAGCAAAGAAAUACAAAGAAAAUACCGUAGAUAGACGUUAUUUGAUCGAUGAUACAAUUUUAGUACUUAUAAGAAAAGGAAUAACUAGUAAAAUUGAAAUUGUAAAAUUUCAAUCAAUAGCUUUUUUGGGAUAUUUAGCUAUGGAAUGUUCAGAUGUUCAUCCCAUUUUACGAGAUUUAUCGCCAUUAACUAAUAAAAUAGAUCUCGAAGUAGAUUUCUUUGAAAACAUGCAACAUUUGCAAUUACAUAGAAGAGCUCGAGCAUUACUUAAAUUUUGCAAUUUUGCAAAAACAUUAAAAAAAUCAAUAAAUCCACGGACAUUAACACAAUUUAUUCUUCCUCUUGCUUCUUCAUAUUUGUGCAAUGAAACUUAUAUACAUAAACACAAUAUUAUUGAUGCUGCAAUUGAAACAAUUGGAACUGUAUGUAAACUUUUACCAUGGCAUCAAUACGAAAUUAUUUUAAAACAUUAUUUAGAAAAAAUAAGAAGUUCCAUUGAAUUUCAGAAACAACUUGUUAGAAUUAUUGUUAUUAUUUUAGAUUCCUUUCAUUUUGAUUUAUCAAAAUAUAAACCUACUGAGGAAUUUUCAAUAUCAAAAUGUAUUAAAAACAUUUCUGAAAAUGAAAUAGUUUUUGAUAAAAAGAAAGAUGAAGAUGAAAAUAUUGAAGAAAAAAGCAAGGAAAAAAAUGAUGAACAAAAAAUAGAAGAAAAGUUAAACGAAGCUUUAAAUUCCGAAAAUAUAAAUAAAAUUGAAGAAAAAGUUCAAAAAGAGACACAGGAAAUACCUAUUAUAGAAAAACAGAUAAUUCUUUCACAGUAUGGAGCACAACAAGUUAUAUUUAGUAUAUCAAAAGAAUUGUUACCUCAAUUACAUCGUUCCAUUAUAGCAAGAACAAGUCGUGAAAAUAGUCACAAAAUUAAUAAGAAGAAAAUUACAAUAGACAACGAGGAAGAAGAAUUAAUGCGAGUUCCUAUUGCUCUUGCUUUUGUAAAAUUAUUACAGAAAUUACCAGAAUAUUUUUUAGAUAUUAAUUUAUCAGGAAUUUUUAUGAAGUUAUGUACAUUUUUGAAAUCUCGUUUAGAAUCCGUACGGCGUAUCACUCGUGAAAUAUUACAAAAAAUUAUGAUAACUUUAGGUCCAAAAUAUCUUCAUCAUCUUUUAAGAGAAAUGAAUACCUUAUUAACAAAAGGUUUUCAAGUUCAUGUCCUUGCAUAUACAGUACAAUCUGUAUUAGUUGCUUUGAAACCAUAUUUUCAAAAAUUUGAUAUCAAUAAAAAUCUUCAAAGCAUUUUAUCUGUAUGUAAAAUAGAUUUAUUUGGUUUAACUGCAGAAGAGAAAGAAGUAAUAGGAAUCGUGAAAAAUGUUGUAGAAGCAAAGUCUACAAAAAGUUUUGAUAUAUUUCAUAUAUUAGCACAAUAUAUUACUGAAUCAUGUUUAGUAGAUUUAAUUUUACCAUUAAAAGAAGUACUUAUGAAAACCCAUUCACAUAAAACUGUGCAAAAAAUAAUAGAAUGUUUGAGAAAUAUAGUAUUAGGAUUAGCUGAUAAUACUUUUAUACCAUUGGAACAAAUGUUGAUAUUUCUUUAUGGUGUAAUUUCUGAAAGCAUUCCUGAACUUAGACCCGAAAAAAAUGAUAAACUAUUAACAGAAAAAGAAAUAGAAACAUUUAAUAGACAGAAACCAGAUUGCUUUAUUAUACCUCCAGAACCAAAAAAUAAAAUGGGCAUAAAGGCUAUUUCAAAAACAUCAAAAAAUACUAAUGCCCAUGUCAUUAUAGAAUUUGGUUUAAAACUUUUUCAUAUUCUAUUAAAAAGAGACAAAGUAUCGAAUGCAGAUUUCAAACCUUUAAUAGAUCCAUUUGUACCGCUCAUAAGUGAAUGUAUAAGAUCACAACAUGUUAAGUUAACUACUUUAAGUUUACAGUGUUUAAACUGGUUGCUCAAAAUGGAUUUAUCUUCAAUACAAGAAUCAAUUUCAAACAUAUGUACAUCUAUUUUUGAUUUAUUACAUAAAUAUGCAGCAGCAGGCUUAAGUAAAGGAGAUAAUUUCGAUUUAGUAAUGGCAGGUUUUAAAUGUAUGUCUGUAAUUGUUCGUGAUGUGAAACACUAUGUAAUUAAUACAGAUCAAUUGAAAGCUUUGAUCAUGUAUGCUGAACAAGACAUGCAUAAUACUGAUAAACAAGCCACAGCGUUUGGUUUACUCAAAGCAAUAAUUGCUCGAAAAAUGAUUCUUCCGGAAAUGUAUCUAGUUAUGGAAAAGGUGGCUGUUUUAAGCAUUACAUCUGAAUUAGAACAUGUUAGAUUACAAUCUCGUUCUGUCUUUUAUUCCUAUUUAAUGGAAUAUCCUCUUGGUAAACAUUUAAAUAAACAUAUAGCAUUUUAUUUGACGCAAGUUAGCUAUGAAAUGCAACCUGGUCGGCUUAGUGCUUUAGAAAUGAUUCAUAAUAUUGUCACAGGAUUUCCAUUUAAAAUUUUAAUUUUGAAAUCAAGUCUUAUAUUUAUAAUGGUGGGUGCAAGAUUAGUAAAUGACGAUGAUCCAACAUGUCGCAAAUUGUGUGCCAAAUGUAUUAAAGAACUAAUCAAACGUUUAUCUUAUAAUCGAAGAAGUAAAUUAUUUGAUAUAAUUAUAACAUGGUUAAAAGAUAUAAAGAUAAUGCAUCGAACAUUAGCUGCACAAUUAUGUGGUAUAUUUGUAACUGUAGAAAAAGAUUCUUUUGAUUCUCGUUUAAAAGAAAUAUUACCUCUUAUUUUAAAACAAUUUCAUGCAAAUUUUAAUGAUGAUAAUGAACCGGGUCGUUUUGUGAAAAUUCAUUCGGAAGAAAAAACUCAAUUAGAAGUGCACAACAUCAAAGAUCCAGAAAGAAUGAAAGAUCAUCAUAUGUUUCAAGUAUUACAGUUGGUAUUAAAAAUAUCAGCAAAUUGUACAACAUUUCUUAAAAAUGAAGAAUAUAAAGAAGCUAUUCAUUUAUUCGCUGAAUAUAGUCAAUCUUUACUGGCACAUCCUCAUACAUGGGUUCGUUUAGCAGCUUCUCAAAUGAUUGGUUUCAUUUUAGCUAUUCUUGAUGUUGAUAAGAUUAUAGACAUUAUAAACAAUCCAGAAAAAUAUGAAAAAGAAAUCGGUUUCAUAUAUUCCGAUCCUAUUACCAUUAUAAAAAGUUUAACUUUAGAUUUAGUUGCACAAUUACAGCCUGAUAUGACAUUAGAAGAAUUAACUGACCAGACUGUUAAAAACUUAAUUUUUAUUGCAAGAAUUUUGAAAUCUAUAAAAAAAAUUAAUACAAUUGCUAUUGAUCAAAAUGAUGAAAUAAAAUCAGAUAAAAAUCAGUUAUCUCUUCCUUGGCUUGUUAGAAAAUUGAGAAAAGCUGUAAAUAAAGAAAUAACUCAAACUCCUAAGUCAAUAACAGUGCGAAUUGCUUUCUUUAAAUGGGUGGCUGGUGUUGUGGUUACAAUACCUAUGGAAUUCUUAAAUAUAAUACUUUUUAACAUCAUGUCACCAAUUGUGCGAGAAAUAUCGGCAGUAGAAGAAAAAAAUACUACUUUAAGGCGAUUAGCUAAAGAAGCGGCUAUGAUGAUUAAAAAACGUUUAGAUAAUGAACAAUACACUAAAUUAUUAAAUCGAAUACAACAGAAUUUAGAUAUUAAGAAAGCAGAAAGAAGAAAAAUUCGUACGCAACAGUUUGUAACGGAUCCGGAAUUGGCUGCUAAACGUAAAAUUGUAAGACAACAAAAAAAGAAGGAAGCUAAAAAAAGAAAAUUGGAUAUAAUAAGAGGGAAAAAAAAUAUCAAAAAAACAUUUGAAAAAAAAAUUGAUAUUUAGAUGUCAUAUAAAUAAAUAAAUUAAAAAAAAUUUAAAUAUGUAAAUAUUAUAUUUGAAUAUGUACAUAAAUAUAUAUUUAAUUUUUUAAGUAAUAUUAUACAGACAUUGUAAAAAUAAAAUAUAAGAUAUAUUGAGAAA